AUGCCCAAUAUAGAUGCCGUCAAUUUGAGGAACGUGGCGUUGCUGUCUCACAGCGGCGCCGGCAAGACAUCGUUGUGCGAAACUCUAUUGUUCAAUACCAAGGCGGUUACUCGCAUUGGUCGGGUCGAAGAUGGCAACACCGUCUCUGAUUACGAACCCGAAGAGGUUAAGCGCGGGGGCAGCAUUCAGACCACCCUUAUUUCCUGCACCUGGGACCGCUACAAGGCCAACUUCCUGGAUACUCCUGGAUAUGACGACUUCUUUGGGGAAGUUGUCAGCGCUUUGAAGGUGGUAGAAAGCGCUGCUAUCCUGCUGCCUGCUCCAUCCGGAGUGGACGUAGGAACGGAGCGGUCGUGGAACCUGUGCGAGGACUUGGGAUUGCCUCGUGUUCUGUUGAUCAACAAAAUGGACCGAGAGAACGCCAGUUUCGCCAGGACCGUUGCUGACAUUCAAGGUUCAUUCGGCAACAAGUGCGUUCCGUUCCAGUUGCCUCUGGGCGAUGCCCAGGACUUCAAGGGUCUGGUCAGUGUGUUGAACCCCCCGGCCGACGUUCCUGCCGAAGUGGCCGACGAGCUUGAAUUGGCCAGGGAGCGCCUGAUAGAGGCAGUGGCAGAAGCCGACGAGGAAUUGGCCGACAAAUUCCUUGAGGGCGAGGAACUAACCGACGAGGAAAUCAUAAACGGGGCCAAGGCCGGUAUAUUGUCCGGAGACCUUGUUCCCGUUCUGGUGAGUUCAGCCACCCAGAAUAUUGGCGUGGAAGAGUUCCUCGAUUUCGUAAGCGAGUUCCUGCCGUCUCCAAUAGAAGGCAUAAAGCCUGAGGUGUCCAACGCGAGUGGUGAUGCAGUAGAUUUUGACGUGGACUCGUCGGGCCCGCUCGCUGCCUUCGUUUUCAAGACGACUGCCGACCCAUUUGUGGGAAAGCUUUCCCUGUUCCGAGUGUACCGGGGCACCAUUAAGAGCAACUCAGAGGUGUGGAACGCCAACCGGAACCAGGCGGAACGUAUCGGGCAACUCUAUCUCCCCCGCGGCAAAUCUCAGGAAAACAUUUCGGAAGUAGCGGCCGGGGAUAUCGGCGCAAUCGGCAAGCUGGCCUCCACGGUUACCGGAGACACGCUUUGUGUCAGGGAUAAUCAGGUUACAUUCUCACAGAUCGAGUUUCCCAAGGGAUACUAUAGUGUGGCAGUUGCUCCAGCCACGAAGGCGGAUCUGGACAAGAUGUCCACUUCGCUGGCUCGCAUUGUGGAGGAAGACCCCAGCCUGCACUAUUCCCGGGACGUUGAUACCGGCGACAGCUUGCUUACCGGCCUAGGCGACGCGCAGAUUGAAGUUGCCAUUGACCGAAUCAAGCGCAAGUUUGGAGCGGACCUGGUAUUGCGGAUGCCAAAGGUCGCAUAUCGCGAGACCAUUUCUCGGGUGACCAACGCUGAAUACCGCCACAAGAAGCAAUCGGGAGGGCACGGGCAGUACGGGCACGUCCUGUUGCGGUUGGAGCCAAUGGAUAGGGACAACGGUUUUGUGUUUGGUUCCGAAGUCGUGGGCGGCCGGGUGCCGCGGGAAUACAUUCCCGCGGUGGAGAAAGGCGUCGUCAAGUCUAUGGAAGAAGGCAUCCUGGCAGGAUUCCCGGUGGUGGAUCUGAAGACCGUCAUUUACGACGGCAGCUAUCACGAUGUGGACUCUUCGGGCAUGUCCUUUGAGAUCGCCGGCACACAGGCCUUUAAGAAGGGAAUGGCCGAUGCCAGUCCCAUACUUCUGGAGCCGAUCGUUAAGCUGACGGUAAACGUGCCUGAUACCCUAUACCGGCGACGUAAUGAGUGA